AUGAAUGAUGGUCCCUUCAAGGACAUAAAGCUAGGGUAUUAUGAUCCCUUUGGCGUAUUUUCAAUACUUGAACCUAACUUAAAAUCAAAGUUUCCUCUUACCAACUUGCAUUGGAAGUAUGAAGCGACUAAACCAUUAAAAUCAAUCCCUUUAUUGCCAGUUGAUUUGGUCGAAGAGAUUCCCAAGUCCGCAGGUACAGCGUCGUCUGAUAUGUAUCUUAGGAUGAUGUUGGUUAAGUGUGAUUCAAUUGAUACCUAUAGGUCCCAGGUGCGACCAUUGAUAAAGGAAUGGCUUCGACUCAUGGUUUUCCUGACUCCACAUACAGAAUGGAUGAUUGUACAGCUUAUACCUGCCAAUGCAAAAGAUAAACAUUCCACCAUAAUGAAAUUAUCGAUACAAGAUAAGUUACGGAUUGACUUUGGCCUUGACGGUAAGGAGUUACCUGCAAGUUAUAUCAAUAGAAGUAAUCUGCGAAUAUUGAAAAUGAAAGAAGUUUAUGAAGAUGAAGUCACCAAACUUGAGGCAUAUAGUUCAAUGGCGGCUCAAAUAAAAGACCAACUUCUAACAUCCUUUAAUGAUAGGCACAUUGAACUCCAGAAUGCAUUAAUGGAAAAAAAGAUUGAUCGGUACCAACAAUUUCUACUUGAACUCAAAUUGGCUGAACUUUUAAAUGAUAUGAGGUUAUACGAAGACUCGUUAAAAUUAUAUACUCAACUCAUUGAGAAUACGAACAAACUUCCCGAAAUACGAAGUCACUUUUCUAAAUUUCAAGUUGUAUUUCCUGAAAAUUUCAAUGAUUAUAAUUUUGAGAGUUCGUUUGACACCACCAAUAUUAAAAACAGGAUUUUAUCGGAGAACGAACCCCAUAGGUCAAUCAAUGACUUUGAAUUGAAAUGCUUUCUAUUUAUCCAACAAUCUUUAUUACUACAAUCUUUAGCUGGCCAGGGGAAGUCAAUAUCGUUAUCGGCGUUGAACGUCGCAACAUUGUUUCAAAAACUUAUAGUUUUUUUACAAGAUGUUACCACAAAGUUGAGCAAAGACCCAAAAGUUCAUGAAUGGAGUUAUGUGGUUGUUGAUAACUAUUUGAAACUUCCAAUCUACGAAGCAUUGUUAAGAGAGCAACAACAGAGGGAAAGUCCAGAUGAAAGCCAUCCCUUUAAAGAAAUUCUUGAAUGUUGUGGAGAAUUGAAGAUUUUCCAAAGAUCACAACUCACAAAGCUAGGUCAUCUUUCCUAUAGAUAUAAAUUGUAUGGUCCAGCAGUUAUAAUAGAUGAAAUACUAAUGGAUGAUAUUAGUUUGGAUGAUGAUGGAGACGACCUUUCAGUUACAUCCAAAGAAAAACCCAGCGUUUCCUACCCUCCAAUUGUUCACGCUUUAUCUUCGGAGGAAAAUUUCUACGAUAUGUUCCAAAUGAUAACUGAAUCGAUUAUUCAAGACUUUGUCGCAUCAGAAAGGGUAAAAUCAAUUGAUGUUUUGAGUAUUGACAUAGCCUUAAUAAAGCUUUAUCGAGGUAAGUACCAAGAGGCACUUGAUAUUCUAGAGGACUCGUAUGACUUCUUCAUUCGAAAUGGCUGGAUGUUCAUGGGUGGAAUCUUAUUGGAAGCGUAUUUGAAAUGCAUUGAAAAGGUAACAAUAACUGACGAAAGAAAUUUGUUGAUCUUGAAUACGUGCUUAACCUUGCUAGCAAAUUUGAAUAACGGAAGACGUGAUACUGGUAUAAACAACUAUAGUUUAGUAAAAAACGUACAAAAGGUAUCAACCUUGUUUGAAAAGAUAUACUUUUACUCCAGACAAUUGGAUCAAGAUCAAAGAGUUGAAUUCGAUCUACAUGAAAUAUUUAAUGUUAAAUUGGUUCCAUUUAUAAAGAGUGAGAAGAAAUCUGAUAUUUAUUUUGUUGAUAUCGAAGUUAUUAAUGAAUUUGGCGUGGAUGUAAAGGUUCUUGACAUUGUACUAAAAAUGGAAAAUAAUUCUGGUGAUACUAUCGAAUUCGUGAAAAGGGAUUGUACUAUUUCCUCAAGAAGUGGACCAAAUAAAAUUCGGUUAAACAGUAAAUCUUUCCUUCAAGGGGCCCUUCGAACUACAGGAUUCCAAAUUCGGUUCAGUAAUAAUUUAAUUUUGGUAGAUAAGACUGAUCAUCAUGAUCAGGAUAAUAUGCCAGGAAUUUUAGAAGAAGCAGAUGAAACCGUUGUAUUCUACAACUCAAGACUGCUUGAACGUAUGAGGAGUUUGCCUACCCAGAAAAAGGUAUGUGGACAUCGUUUAUUAUGCUAUCCUCGUUGGGGAAAUUUUCGAGCUGAAUUCAAAAAUGUCCCCCAUGUUACAUUAGGAAAAACGUCAGUUCUUUUGAGAAUAUAUGGUGGUAGCGUUGAUAUCACAAAUGGUACUAUUAAAGUAGAAAAUUUUACUGCGGGUGGAUCGAUACCUGAAAUAAUUGAUUCUGGGUCUCGAUAUAGAUAUGAAAAUGGUAAUUUUAUCAUUCCGCAAAUCAAAGCUAAGUCCAUUAUGGAUAUUAAAAUACCAUAUAUUAACUUGGGUGACAAAAAGCUAAUAUCGUUGAAGGGUGAAAUUUCGUACUUCGAAAAUGAAGAAGAAUUCAGUCACGUUUUUUAUGAAGAGAUAGAUACUUCUUUAACAAUUGCAGUAUCCGUUCAAGAUAUUUUUAAACUUGACUACAUAUUUUCCAAAUUCCAAGUAGGCACUUCAAAUUCCAAGUAUCCUAUAAGAAUAUUAUCAAAUGACCUCUGCUCUCCUAACAAUCACAAUUACAAAAUCACCAAGCCCGCAACUGAUGCAAAUAUAGUUGCAUUGGGAGAACAACCAGGGUCAUUCUUUUACAAGAUACAGCCCAACGAAGGAUAUAUUAUUCAAGCCGAUGAUAUUCUAGAAUUGAACAUAAGAUAUCAAAAUAUAAGCGAAGAAGCUAGUAGAAGCUUUGAGAAAUACGUACUUUCGCAAUUUGAACCUGAAGCUUUGGACCCUUAUUGGUUCCUUUUGAAAAAAUAUGUCUUUGAUUUGGUGGUUAUUGAUAUUAAUAUUUUUGCACUACACGGAAUGGUGAAAGUUGUAAAUAUUGAUAAGGCCCAAGUAAUGUUAGAUGAAGUUAUACUGCAGCACGUACAAAAAAGUUCUCACCAAGAUAUAUUGAAACGAACUUUUAAUCUUAUAUUUGCUAGUAGUUUUACAGAAGAGGAUAACGAAGAUACAGGUGAUAUUGAUGUCUAUGAUGAGGCAAUUCCACUUGAAGAGAAAAUGUUGACGAUCUCUGUACCUAUUCCAUUUUUAAAGAUUUUGCAAAUCGUCGAGUUUCAAUAUCAAAGAAAACAUCAAUUCAUUGUUGGAGAACCUAUUAAUGUACAAAUGAAUAUUCGACCAAGUACAAGAUGGUCAACAGGAGCUACAAGAAGCAAUAGCAGGGAUGGAGAAAAAAAAUUGAAAGGGAAUAUUAUUGAUGGACCUUCCCAAUCAACUAUUGGAGAGACUGAACUUUUUCAAAUAAAUGUUUUACCAGAUGAAAACUGGUUAGUUAGUGGGUUCCGUAAAACCACUUUUGAGGUAAAUUACAACGACAAAGACAUACAACCACUUCUGUACGACCUUGUCUUGAUACCAUUAAAUGUUGGUAGAAUUUUACUUCCAAAACUUGACAUAAGACUGACUUCUAGCGUGAACGAAGAUGGCACUUCGGAUGUUUUAGUUCAGAAUGGAAUAGAAUCCGUCUUAGUUGUUCCUGAAUUAGAUAGUAUAACUUUUUCAUUUUAA